AUGAAAAAAAAGCUAAUAAUUGAUGAUUUUAAUAAAGAUAUAUUUGACUUUAAAAGUCCCCACUUUGAUGCUAAAAAAGCUUUAGAAUAUCCUGAGUUGGUGAAAUUACCCAACCCAAAUAUUGAAUCACUAGAUAACUUGGGGAAAGCUUCUUUACUAUUUCCAUUCGGUAUACAACCUCUUAAAAACUUAGAUAAAGUACUUAACACUAUAAAUAAUCGUGAGGAAUCUAUGCAAACCCUUAAGAAUAACGAAUAUAAAAUCAGAAUGAAACGGAAAUUCCAAAAAAGUAAAGAAUGUUAUUACAAGAUAUUGGAGAAAAUAAAAAGUGAAUUUAUGACUUGUCCACCAUCUGAUAAGAGUAAAUUUGAUAUUGGAUCAUUGGUAGAAGUGACAGAUGUCUUAUCUGGCUACAGUGUAAGUUUAGCAUGUAAAAUAAGUUUUGAAGACAAAACUCAUUAUAUGGUUGAUAAUAUAAAAAACUUUAACGAUUCAGAAUUAUUGGAUACUUCGACCUGGAGAAUAAUAUCGAAAGAACAUCAUAAUAUUCGAAUAAUAAAAUAA